CUACCAUGGCUAGUUGACCCGGAUCACGUGACAGCGCGGGGUUUUGUUGCUGUCACAGAUUUGUAAAGUGAAGAGCCGCGAGACAGAGCCGUCUGGAGCGCGCGCACUAAAAGAUGGAGCAGGAGCUGUCGGCGACUGGAGAUCGGGUUUUCGCCGCGGAAUCCAUCCUAAAAAGCCGCGUUAGGAAAGGUCGAAUCGAGUACCUGGUGAAAUGGAAAGGUUGGGCUCUAAAACACAGCACAUGGGAACCAGAGGAGAACAUCCUGGAUGAUCGUCUCAUCGCAGCCUUUGAGCAAAAGGAGCGGGAGCUGGAACUUCACGGCCCAAAGAAACGUGGACCUAAACCAAAAAACUUUGUACUAAAGGCACGGGCACAGGCGGGUGAUAGACCUCGAAGCUCAAAUCCCAGACGCACUCCACCUUGCACCACUGCAAAGCCUCCCACCUCUUCCUCUUCUACAAGUUCAGCUGCUCCUCAGUCUUCACCAUCCUCUUCCUACUCUACCGCUCCAACCCCCAGAGUGCACUCUCUCGCUGCUGCUCAUAAACUGAAGAAAGACAUCCAUCGUUGUCAUAGAAUGUCUCGACGACCUUUGCCGCGACCCGACCCUCUGGCCGAUCCAACAGGAUCCACAUCUUCACCCCGUCCUCCCAUCUCUCCAUUCUCUGAAACUGUCCGCAUACUCAACCGUAGGGUCAAACCUCGGGAGGUUAAGCGGGGACGCAUAAUCUUGAACCUGAAGGGCAUUGACAAAGCGGAAAAUGGUGGAGUAGCCAAUAGAAGGUCAGUGCAGUCGUAUACGGGGCGGGCGAAAGUCCCAUCCAGGAAUCGCAUCAUUGGGAAAAAGCAUGGGGACAUGCCUUAUAGGCCAUUCCAGCAUCCUAUGAAGAUGUUGGGCUUCCCAAUGUAUGGCCAGCCAUUCGGGCUUCACCCCUGUGGGCCAAUGUCCUCCAUGCCCAAUGAAGGGUCCAAUACUGGAGCCAAUCAAAGAGGUGGAAGCUCCUGUGGUUGCCAUUCCUCUGCAACUGCGCAGAAGUUUCAGUACCAACCUCCACCUUCUCCAUCCAGCUCCAGUGGGUCAAACGGCAGCUCCCCUUCAUCUCAGAAACAACUGACCCAACCUGAAGCUCCUACUUCAACUAAAUUGGGCUCCCCAGCCUCAUCACAUUCCCGAGAUGCCUCCAAACCUCACCCAAAGUCCAGCCUGACGCAAUUCCUCCCUUCCUCACCCUCUUAUUCGUCCUCCCCAUCAUCCUCUCCUGAAGAUGAAGACCAGGGCACUCCGAAUCUCACCACUUCUCGGGGCCGAAAACGGAAAUUUCGACAUCGAACCCAGCCGGGUCAAGCCUCGGUCAGCCAGGUUAGUGACCGCAAUAUUGCUACACUUCACGAGGAAAACAGGGUGCCAAAAGAGGGGGACCCCGAUUGGCACCCUGAAAUGGCACCCAGCUGUGCCAAUGUAGUGGUGACUGACGUCACCACAAACCUUCUCACUGUCACCAUCAAGGAAUUCUGCCAUUCUGGAGCGGGUUCUGAACCCUCCUCCCCUUGCCAGGCUGACAACCCACCCACUCCCACCACAGCUGCCUCUUGAAAGUCCCCCCUAAAUGCCCCCAGCCAAAAUAUCUGCCCACUUAACCCCAUGAGAACUUGCCAUAAUGAUAUUAACGCACCCUAAAAUAGUUGCCGGAAUUGAAAUUAAAAUGUAUUUUUGGUGAAAUUAAGAAUUAUUGAAGUAAUACUUAAAGGCAGGGUUGCUUCCCUUGACCUAUACUUUUUAAACAGCAUGUUAUGAUGGUUUUGUAGUGCUUCAUGCCUUUCUUCCCCCUCUUUUUUUCCCCAGUGAUCCUGUCUUUCCACAGCCUUUUUGCCCAGUAAUUGCACCUUGUCUUGUCACCACCAGUGCUGUAGAGACCGCCAUUCCCAUAUCUCCAGACCUAAAGUUCAGAAUCCACCCAAGAAAUGUUGAUCUCAACAGCUUUCUUGGACUCGUGACGGUUUUUUUUAAUCUUUUGAGGUGCAUUGUUAUUAGGAUACCAACCAAAAGAUGCUUCACUCAUGCUUUGGAAGUUCAGCCAGAGUGGGUGAAGAUCGUGUAUCCGCACACGCACUUGUUAGAUAACACUUAUUGUGGCAAUAUGCCCAUUUAGGCAUCCAACCCAUACAUUUUGAUCUCAUCAACUGUCUCCUUUGCUAACGAAGAACCAUUUCUCAUGAAGAACCCGUGUCAUCAUUGCGCUCUCUAGAUCUCCUGGGCGUAGACGUGACUGUAUUUAUAUGCACCAAGCUGCAAAAUCCUGAGGACAGUUAAGUUAUUUCCUUCCAUUUAAACGCUUUGGUCCAGAUGUCUGCCAAGACUCUAAACUGACUCAAGUGUGAAUGCUGAGGACUGCAUAUAAUGUGUGGUACUGUACGUUAAAUCUUCCACACACUCAACAACCCGCUUUCCUUAUUGGAGAAGUUCCUUCUCAUAUUUGCCUUCUGACUACAAUAGUUUGUGUUUCAUGUAAUAGUUGCUGUAUUUUGGGGGGGUUGGUAACCAGAGGUAACUUCUCUCAGAGCUUGAUUGAAGGAGUUCAAAUACCAUUUUAGAGACUUUGAGUAAGAGGGUCUCAAACCUACCAAAUAUAACAGAUUGCCUUGGUUGAUGAAACCCUCUUUCGCACUCUCGAACGAUAAAGUCCGGGACCAUGUUUAUGGCGAGUGUUAUGCUGGCGAGCUUGACUGCAGGUCCGACCAGGUGCUAGAAUUGCCAAUACAGACCUGGGAUAAAGCUAGCUUGUUUAGUUAGUUGGUGCUUGUGAUGUGUCGAUAUUGGUAUUGGUCCAAUCAUAUCAAUCUAGAUAUCUAUCUUGUCUGUGCAUCGGUAACAGAUACACACACACACACACAUAUAUAUAUAUAUAUAUAUAUAUAUAUAUAUACAUAUACAUAGGCUCCCCAUUAGAGGCUGUUUCUAUGGGUCGCUAUACUUAAGCCAUCCGCCAUAUUGAAACGGUCAAAGCCGGUCCGUGAACAUUUGAGAGCAUGUUAACUGCAAGCCGAUGGUUUUGCUUAAAGCAGCACUAUGUAGUUUUUUUUUCAAACUUUAUAAUAUUUUUCCAAAACCCUUGAGAUGGUACAUGAACUUACAAUAGGUUGAAUGACAGGUCUGCCAUAGCCUGACGAUGUCUGUAUCGCUUUCACUUGCACUCUGUAACUUCCGGGAGCGGGUAGGAACCCGAGCACACAAAAAAAAAAAAACUACAAAAUUCGGGUGCU